AUGCAGUCCCAAACAUCUGCGUUCUCGACCGAUACCUCCCUUAGCUUGAACACAGAAUACCGCGGACCGCUUAUUCCGCCGUCUCAUGACAGGAGCUAUCGCCAUCGAACGAUCGUCCUCUGCUUCGAUGGAACCGGAGACCAAUUUGAUCUGGACAACUCAAAUGUCGUCCAAUUCUUCUCGGUUCUGAAGAAGGGCGACCGAAAGAGACAAUUGGUCUAUUACCAGUCUGGGAUAGGGACCUAUAGCAUUCCACAAGUCGCUACGCCGCUAUACUCGAAACUCUCAAAGACGCUCGAUCUCAUGUUUGCCAGCAAUCUCCGCCACCAUGUAAUGAGUGGUUACAAUUUCUUGAUGCAAAACUACAAGGAAGGAGACAAGAUUUGUAUUUUUGGCUUUUCGCGUGGGGCAUACACAGCCCGUGCACUAGCUGGUAUGGUCCAUAAGGUCGGCCUCCUUCCCGCCGGAAACGAACAGCAAGUGCCAUUUGCGUACAAGAUGUACCAGAAUGACACCGAGAUGGGAUGGCAACAAAGUGUGGCAUUUAAAAAAGCCUUCUCCAUGGACGUAGACAUAGAGUUUGUUGGUGUAUGGGACACAGUCGCAUCUGUGGGACUUUUCCCGACGACCCUGCCGUUCACGAAGUCGAACACUGCCAUCAAGGUCUUCCGGCAUGCCCUCUCAUUGGACGAACACCGCACCAAGUUCAAGCCAAGCAUUUACCAAAAGAUCACCGAGCAAGAAGCUCAGCGCGGAGAUUUCGUGCCACCAUCUAACCGGCGGGCAUCGACCAUGACUCGUGGACGAAGAAAGGACAAGAGAAAGGAAGUAAUAGCAGUUAAGGAAGUCAAGAAGGAAGGUACCGACCCACAAGAGGAACGGGAACAAAAGGCCGACGUCAAGACAGAACCUGAUGAUGCCGCGAGCGGAGGCAAAGUGACAACGCACGCAACAAAGGUUAUCCGUACCUCUACUGAAGGAAGUCGCUCUGAGUCUGGCUCACGCUCCCGCGCAAUCCUUGGAUCAAUUAAACGCUCAGCUCGCGGGGUCUCCGAAGGUAUACAAGAGGUCGUAGAACGCGUAUCACUUGAUCGAGACAGGAGCAAGAGUAAGAACGGCGAAGACGAGAAGGAAGACUUGAGCCCUGAUAGUGAGCGUGAUCAGCUCGAGCAGAUGUAUCUCGAUCGUAGUCGGCGUACUGAUGUGCUCGAAGUCUGGUUUGCUGGCUGUCAUUGUGAUGUUGGCGGCGGUUCCGUUCCCAAUACUACGCCGAACAACUUGGCUCGAAUUCCGCUGCGUUGGAUGAUUCGUGAAUGCUUCCUUGCACGGACGGGUAUCCAAUUCGAGGCGGAUCGUCUUCGCGACCUCGGAUUGGAUCCAGUGACACUGUACCCAAGAGUGUCGCAGCCUACCCACCCUGACAGCCUUGAUGACCCUGGACCAUUAGAGAUUCCUCAGCCUGGUCCCCUACCUCCGCUUCUGCCAGAUAUCCCUCCGUUACUAGACAAUGAUCCGUUGAAAGCAGAUCAGAAACAGGAGGUGGUCGUCGGAAUGGAGGUGACACAAGAUACAUCCAAGAAGGUAGAAGAGGCGAAGACCGGAAACACCACAUCAGUUUCAUGUGACCCACCUCCAGUCAGUGCGCCCAGUAUGUCAACGGAUCAUGAGCGUCAGCAUAACGUUUCAAUGGACGGGACACUAGUAAACUUCGACAGCGACAGCGAGGAGGCACCAAAGGUGCAGGUAGAACGUGCUUCGGUGAACGAAGAGAAGCUUUCUACCAUCUCCGACGAACACCAAGCCCUGAACAAUGUGCCGCAAGUCGGACAAGUCCCUCCCAAGCAGAACUUGCGACCGGAUCCGGUUCCACUCGUCGCUCCCAAAUCGACCAAACCGAAUUUCACAGUAUUUGAAAUGCGGCAUGACGCACUCGAUGCACGUUCGGAGGAGUAUGAUCAACUUAAAAUCGCAAAAUAUUGGUGGAUCCUCGAGUUCAUUCCUUUCCGCGAACGUGUGCAACUCAAAGAUGGGACUUUUAAGAAGAAAUGGUGUAUAAACCGUGGGCGACCCCGCGUAAUUCCCCAGGAGGAACCGCUUAAUGUACAUAGGUCCGUCAAGCUGCGCAUGGAGGCAAAGGACCUGAAAUACAAACCGCGGGUGAAAUUUGAUAAAGAGCCGAACUGGGUCGAUUAAAGUCACCUCAUGCUUUGACCGUAUCGCAUCGAUGUUCAAGAGAUUUAAAUUAUGACUCAUGACUAGAUGACAACUUUCAUAUGCCCUUUCCAUUCUAAUCUCAUUUUUAUUUGUAUGUAUUGAAGUCACGGCACUCGGCAAUCGCCGUGGGCUUCCUUCUUCUGCUCCUCGACUUAUACGCUUUUGAUAUAAUGACUAGCUUACGAUAUUACUUUCAUGAAUCAUUGCCUAAUUGAAUUUGGUAGUUACUAUGUCGUACAGAUUUUUUUACGAAUGCACAUAACGUCAUUUAG